AUGGCGUCUGUGAAACGGGUUGCUUCUGGCGAUAAUGGCGAGAAGUCUGGGCUUACGAAGCAGCAGCUUGUGAAGGCGCUUACGGAGGAGCGUGGAGUGGAAUCGCUGGAGCAUGGGAGCGAGAGUAGUGGAGGAGAAAGCAGUGAAGAGGAAGAGGAAGAGGAAGAAAGUGGUGAAGAAGAAGAGCAAGAGGAAGAGCACAAGGCCAAGAGACAAAAAUUGAGUUCUCAGGAUAUACAGAUAGCGAGAGAGACGGCUGAGUUGUUCAAAUCGAAUAUAUUUAAGCUUCAGAUUGAUGAGUUGUUGGAACAGGUGAAGUUGAAGGAAUCGCACAUUAUCAGAGUGGAGAAGUUCUUGCACAAGCUUUACGAUUUGAUACAGGAGGUUCCCGAGUGGAAACCGCAUACGUUGGAGGAAGUGGAGGCGUAUUUCAGCGGGAAAGUUGUGGCGGUGCCAUUUGUGGAUCCCAAGCCGCAGGCGAACUCUACACAGUACAAGUUCAACUAUUUGAAACCGGAUGUGAGUUUGGUUGGGUCAUUUGGGCUCAAGACAGCGAUCUUCCAGCCACAGGGGUCGUCAGUGGACGUGCUGUUGACUAUGCCCGAGUCGAUCUUCGACAAGAAGGACUUUUUAAAUUUCAGAUGUUUCCACAAGAGAGCCGUGUACCUUGCGUACUUGACGCACCAUCUUUCUAUAAUAUUGAAGAAGAACCAGCUCGAGUUUUUGCAGCUAGAGUACUCCAAUUUCAACAAUGAUCCAUUGCAAACCGUGUUGAAGGUAUCGUGCAAGGAGAAGACGUCAUCGGAGUACAACUUCUACAAGACGAAGUUUUCCAUAAACGUGAUAGUCGGGUUCCCUUACAAUAUGUUCGACGCCAAGAAAUUGCUACCAAGCAAGAACUGUAUCCGGGUGGGCCAGGACAACGAAACUCCAACGCCGUUUUACAACUACGCGGUGCUCUCAUCGUCGUCAUACGAACACUACUUGAAGUAUCUUCACAAAUCGAAAAAGCAAACGGAACAAUUCAAACAAGCGUGUGUCUUGGGUAAACUAUGGCUUUCGCAAAGAGGAUUUUCCUCGAACAUGUCGCACUCUGCAGCGUUGGGAGGCUUUGGGAACUUUGAGUUUGCCACGUUGAUGGCGGCUUUGCUAAACGGUGGUGGUGUUAAUGGGAACCGUAUUCUUUUGCACGGGUUUUCCUCGUACCAGUUGUUCAAAGGUGUCAUCAAAUACCUGGCGACCAUGGACUUGUGCACCGAGGGCCACCUCCAAUUCUACUCGGAUUACAACUGCAGCUCUUCUGCCACUGUAACAACAUCGAAAUACGUGUCAGAGGGUUUCCAAACGCCAACAAUAUUCGACAAGACCACGAAGGUGAACAUCUUGAGCAAAAUGUCGGUGAGCAGCUACCAAGUGCUCAAGUUGUAUGCGCAAGAGAGUUUGCUAAUGUUGAACGACGUGGUAAAGGACCAGUUUGAUAACAUGUUUUUGACAAACUUGAACAAGCUAAAGACGGUAAAGUACGAUGCAUGCUACGACCUAGAUAUACCGUCUAUCAAGUUGCUCUUGUCGCAAUUUGGACCAGUAGAGAAGAUCACAUUUAUCUCCUUUGAGAACUUCAUUUGCAACAAGGUAUCGAACAUCGUGAAGCUGGCCUUGGAGGACAGAAUUAAGGCCUUUGAAGUAGCGUUAGUCAACAACAAAUCUUCGUUCCCAAUAACGAAGAGGAAAAUAUCUGCGGUGCCAAAUUUCACGUCCAUUAACAUUAAACUAUUGAUCAACCCAGCCGAGUGCGAGAAGCUUGUCACAAAGGGUCCCGAAAACAGAGACGAGUUGGCCGAAGAAGCCAAGGAUUUCAAAAACUUUUGGGGCAAGAAGGCAUCGCUACGUAGAUUCAAGGAUGGUUCUAUUGCGAACUGCUGUGUAUGGUCGACUUCUGCAACGGAACCCGUUGUAUCGUCUAUUUUAUCCUACGCACUAAGACUGCAUCUAACCGAGGAUUGCAAAGUAACCAACAAUUCCACGUCGCAUUUCCAACAGUUGCUUCCCUUGGCCAAUUUGCCAGCAUCCUCGAAAACGUCUGUGCUCAAUCUAUCAAGCUAUUACAACUUAAAGAAGUCGUUUGACGACCUGUACAAGAUCAUGUUCGAGCUAAAGCUCCCAUUAUCGAUAAAAUCCCUAUUACCUAUUGGUUCUGCAUUCAGGUACACAUCCAUGUGUCAACCUGUCCCAUACGCAUAUUCUAGUCCUGAUUUCUUACAAGACGUGGUCAUUGAGUUUGAGACGUCGACGAAAUGGCCAGACGAGAUCACCUCGUUGGAGAAGGCCAAAACUGCAUUUUUAUUGAAGAUUCAAGAGUCCCUUGCCGAGACGCACAGCGAGUACAGGUGCUAUUUCAGCCGUGACGAAUCGAUUCCUUACAACUUGGAGAUUGUUACUUUGAACAUUUUGACCCCAGAGGGGUACGGUUUCAAGUUCAGGGUGCUCACCGAGAGAGACGAGGUGAUGUACUUGAGAGCGAUCAGCAAUGCCAGAAAGGAGUUGAGGCCCGAGUUGGAGAAGACGUUUUUGAAGUUCACUGCGAAGUACCAGGCUGCGAUCAGACACACGAGGACGUUGGAGACUAUAUCGCACAGCUAUCCAUUCUACUCGCCUGUGGUGCGGUUGUUCAAGAAAUGGCUCGAUUCGCAUCUUUUGUACGGACACUUACCAGAAGAGCUAGUCGAGUUGAUUGCGAUCAAGCCGUUCGUGGACCCACAACCAUUCACGAUACCGGGUUCUGUUGAGAAUGGGUUCUUGAAAGUGUUGCUAUUUUUGGCGAACUGGAACUGGAGGGAGGACCCGUUAAUCCUCGAUCUUGUGAAGCCCGAUGAGUUUGCCGACCAAGAGACGAGCAUUGGUGCGUCGGAGCUUGACUCUUCUGUGUUGAAGAGACUCUCUGAGAAGUUGACGCUUGCACAGUACAAGACGAUCCAGUCGAACUUCCAGCAGUUGAGAAAGGAGGACCCUCAAGGUUUGCGCACGCAGUUUUUCGUUGCGUCGAAGAACGACCCUAGCGGGAUCAUAUACUCGUCGGAUAUUUUGCUUCCAGUUGCCACGAGGCUCACGGCGUUGGCGCGCGUGGCGAUCAACUUGAUCCAGUCGCACGGGCUGAACAAGCAGACGAUCGAGUUGCUCUUCACUCCGGCCUUGAAGGACUACGAUUUCGUGAUCAAGUUGAAGAUUCCAGUGGGGCUCAAGUUGUCGAGCGGAGUCAUGAACCCGGACGAGUUCAAGAACUUGAACGAGCAACUGACGUCGUUCCCGAAGGAUCUCGACUCGAUGAGCAGCAAGAUGGACCCUACGUACCAGCUUGUGAAGUACUUGAACAUGAAGUACAAGAACAGUAUUGUGUUUUACAGCCACAGACACAUUGGGGUCACUGGCGGGAAGAACGGGGAUGAAAACGUGAUUACCGGUCUCAUCAAGCCGCAGUUCAAGAAGCCGCUCAAGUUCAAGGUGAACAUGGACUGCAACGUGAAGCCCAGCGGCAGCUCUGAUCUAGUUGAGCUCAACAAGGACGCUAUAUUCCAUGAGAUUGGGUCUUUCUGCCAGGAAUUGAUCGUUGGGUUUGAGAGUGGUUGA